AUGGUCCGCAUAACCCGUUCCACCACUGCGCGCCAGGCAGCAUUAGCCGCCUCUCAAGCGCAAUCCAGCAACUCUACCUCAUCCCAGGUCCCGAGCGUCCGCCUUUCCACGACCUCCCCCAGCCAAGGACGAAAUCGUUCGCAACGCAACAGUUCCCUCAAGGUUAAGACCGAAGAUGGCAUCCCGGAACCCGCUCCUAAGCGGCGCAAGAGGAACAACGCCACUAUUCCCCCGCAAAUUGAGGACUCCAACGACCUUCCUCACAACCUCGGCGCGGUGAUAUCCCCCACAACCCCAACCAACUCUCGCAUCAAGUCCGAAACCUCCGCCUCCGCCUCACCCAUCAAGAAGGAAGAAGAAGCAAUCAACAAUCUCGUCAAAGACCUCCAAGCCACCGUCGACAAAGCCACAUCGCACAAUGAUGACGACCUGUCUCCCCCCAGCAAGAAACCCCCCGCAAAAACAGCGCGAGCGAAGGCGAAAGCGAACCAAUACGGCCUGACCCCCGGAGUCAGCCCCUUUCCCGACUGGCCCCACCCGACGCCCGACGAAUGCGAAGAAGUUGACCGGCUCCUGUCGUCGAUCCACGGCCAGAUCGUGGCCCCCGCGACCAUCCCGGAGCCCUCGCUGACCGUGACGGGGUGCGGCGAGGUGCCGUCCGUGCUGGACGCGCUGAUCCGGACGCUGCUAAGCGGGGCCACGACGGGGAACAACUCGGCCAUGGCGUUCAACGGGCUGGUGCAGCGGUUUGGGAUCCUGCGCGAGGGAAUCGGCAAGGGGAGCGUGGAUUGGGACGCGGUGCGGCGGGCGCCGGUGCGGGAGGUCUUUGAGGCGAUCAAGCGCGGCGGGUUGGCGGAUGUGAAGAGUAAGAAGAUCAAGGCAAUUCUCGAUAUGGUGUAUGAGGAGAAUAAGGCGCGCCGGGAUUUGUUGGUUGGUGGUAGUUCGAAUGCCGAUGCUGAUGCUGAGGGGAAAGCGUCGGCGGCCACGGCGGAGGGGGUGUUGAACAACCAGUCCGAGGGUCACAAGAACUACGAGAUUGCGUGCGCGGACCAGAACUUCCUGAACUUGAACCACCUGCAUACGCUGAGCACGGAGCAGGCGAUGACGGAGCUGGUCAAGUAUCCCGGCAUCGGGCCUAAGACGGCGGGCUGCGUGCUGCUGUUCUGCCUGCAGCGGCCCUGCUUCGCGGUCGAUACGCAUAUCUUCCGCAUCUGCAAGUGGCUGGGCUGGGUGCCGCCUAGCAAGGUGACCGAGGUGACGGCUUUUGGUCAUCUGGAGGUGCGCAUCCCGGACCAUCUGAAGUAUUCGCUGCAUUCGUUGCUCAUCCGCCAUGGGAAGUCUUGUCCGCGAUGUCGGGCUAUCACGGGACAGUCUUCUGCGCGGUGGGAGGAGGGCUGUGUCAUCGACCAUCUGGUGAAGAGGACUGGGAAGAGAAAGGGAGAGGUCUGA